UAGAAAACCUUCGUAAUAAAUUAACCUAGUAUCUGCCAAAUUUUUAUAAUCGAGAGAAACUCAUAAUCGUGAUACGACAAAAUUAUUUUUUAUAAUCUAGUUUGCGAUGAAAACGUUUUCUAUUCCUCGGAAUAAUUACGCGAGGUUAUGAAAGAAGCUGUUUUACAUUGUUACGUGGCACAUCGAGAGAAGUCUGCCACGAAAUAAUGGAUAUCGAGACGGAAAAUGUGAUAAACCUGAUAUUUCCAGAAGGUAUCCCGGAAUCCUGGAAAGAAAAUCCCAAUUUUUAUCAAUAUCUCUCAAAACUUGGAGGCUUUGAUGUCGAUCAACUAAGUAAAGAACCUGAUCACUUAUCUGAUGAGAAAAACACAGUCCUUCAGACAACGCAGAAACUAGUUUUUGCAAAUUACAAAACUUUUAUUCGGACAGCAGAAAGCUCACGAGAAAUACUCAAUCAUUUCAAUGAAACUGAAAACCGUCUUGACAAACUUGUACAAAAAAUUCCUGAAUUCGUGGAAAAAUGUCAAUCGUUUUGCGACACUUCAAAGGAUAUUAAUGCGCAUCGAAGAUUGAAUAGUUUAACGCUAACGCGAAAUGCGGAGUUGCUCGAAAUUCUCGAGAUGCCUCAAUUAAUGGAAUCGUGCUUGAGAAGCAAUCAAUAUAAUGAAGCAUUGGAAUUGUCUCAGUAUGCUCGUCAAUUAGGAAUGAAGCACGGAGAUAUUCCUAUUAUUUCGUCUAUAGUAGCAGAGAUCGAGAGCAGUUGGUCAGGUAUGGUGGGACAAGUAGUUGGUUCUUUGAGAGGGGAUCUACCGCUGCCGCGAUGUCUCCAACUUGUCGGUUUGUUGCGUUCCAUGGAUGCAUUUACGGAAUCGGAACUUCGUAUAAAGUUCCUUCAAGCGAGAGACAGUUGGCUUCAAGGUUUGCUGAAUGCGAUACCAAAGGAAGAUCCUAAUCUUCACAUAACCAAAACGAUAGAAUUGUCCAGGAUACAUCUGUUUAAUAUAAUAACACAGUACAAAGCUAUGUUUAACGACGACGAAUUAAUUAUUCCCGGUCGCGAUUUGACGUUAAAUGAAUCCGCGAUAUUUUAUCAUUGGUUAGAGGAAAAGAUAUCGCAAUUUCUCACCACGCUGGAGCAGGACUUGCCAGGUGUAACUUCUAUAGAUACCAUUUUAGGCCAAUGUACGUACUUUGGAUUAUCAUUUAGUCGGGUGGGCGUUGAUUUUACUGGCCGAAUGUCUGAUAUAUUUGUACGAGUUAUCAGUGAAAGGUUCGAACACAACAUUCGUAGAACGACUAGAAAAUUUGAAAAAGAUAUGGAAACAUUUACAUUGAUUAAUAAAACGCAACGGCUCGAUAUAAAAACAGAGACUUGUAUUAAUUCCGAAAAUCCACCUGAACAACUGGUAGAAUUUUACCCUCUAGCCGAAUAUUGCAACGGGAUAAUAGCAGCGUUCAAUGAAUUGCGACUCUGUGCACCGGUGGCACUCUCCACUUUGUGUACAAAACUAUUAAAAGAGUCGCUGCAUAAUGUGGCGAGAGCUAUGUUAGUAUUUUACAAGCAAGAACAGCAAGCGUUUGCUGCUGCGGAACGGGAGAAUAUGACCAGGUUCACGGAAUGUUUGAGCGAGAAAUUAAUACCUUACGUACAGUAUUGCAUACACGCGAUUUUUCCACCUGCCCAAAUUGCAAUGCAUUUGGGAAUCUCAGUCAGUGAACUCCAGAAAGAGGAUAUCACAUAUUUAAAUAAGCAAAGCAUAAUAGAACCUGUGGCUGCACUUUUACCUGUUAAAAAAGAUUUGGUUUCCAAAUUAUGUACGUCGAAUAUACAGCCACUAACAUCACAUAAUAUAAAGAAUUCUUCCAUCGCACCAUCUUUGUCAACAGAAACUAUGACAGAGAUAGAAAAAUCAAAAGAAAAUGAAUUUAGUCGACAAGGAACAAUACAGAAGCGCGAUGUACAAACCUCGCAGAGUGAUACUAUAAAAAGUAUCGUAUAAUGUAUUUGACAUGUAAAGAUCAAAAUAUUUAAUUAUAUAUUUGAACAUAAAGAAAUCGCUUACUAUUCUGCGUAUAUCAUCGAGGUAGUGUAAAUAAAAAUUUUUACGAUCACCA